CACAAUGAUAUCCCUAAAUAAAUACCAAUAUGCUAUGGACAGGGAAAAUUUCUUAACAUUAAGAUAUUGGUUUUUAUUAUUUAGCAUUUUAUUUUUCACCAGUUACAUGCAAAAGCAAUUUUUAACAUUCAUUUUUAAAACUUUGAGUUCCAGAUUCUUUCCCUUCCUUUCCCCAGCCCCCCUGACUAAGAAGACAAGUAAUUUGAUAUACAUUAUAUACAUGUGUAUAUAUGUGUAGUCAUGCAUUACAUUUCUAUAUCAGUCUUGUUAUAAAAGAAAACACAGACCAAAAAACAAAACUCUAGAAAAAUAAAGUAAAAAAAAAGUUUUAAUCUGUAUUUAGACACCAUCAUUUCUUUUCCUGGGGAUGGCUAGCAUUUUCCAUCAUAAAUCCUUCAUAGUUGUCUUGGAUCAGCAACUCAGUUUUUUUGACUCCUAAUUCACUCUUUCUACUAUGCUACACUGGGAAGCCUCUCAAAGAACCCAAUCUAUUGCAGACACAUGAUAAUCAAUCUUCUUUACCCCUUUCCAAAAAAUGUCAUUUCAGGAACAGCAGCAAUUGUACUUGUUGGUAGCACCUAUUUCAGGAUGUUACUGAGAAUCACUACCAUCCUAUUGGUCUGGACUACCCUGGUGGUCAGCGAGCGGGUAUAUGUGCACCCGUUCUACCUCCUCACCUAUAACCAAAGUAGCUGUGAUGAGCUGAACAAAGUGAAGGAAGAGACCUCUGAAGAACAGACCUUCACUCCUGUCCCAAUACAAGCGAAGACAUCCCCUUUGGAUGAGAUGACCCUGAAAGACCAGUUGGUAUCUUUUGGCCAAACUCUAGAUUCAGAGGACAAGAUGAGGUCAACUGAAGUGGGGUUACUGCUGAACUUGGUGGGUUUCCGCAUGUACAAGAUGCUGAGGGAGAUGAUGACCCCAGUCAAUGGAGCACUUCUCUUGUCCCCUUUUGGUCUCUUUGGAACCCUUUCUUCCUUCUACUUGGGUUCUGUGGACCCCACAGCCAGUAACCUCCAGACAUUUCUGGGUGUCUCUUCACAAGAUAAGAGCUGUACCUCUAAACUGGACGGGAACAAGGUCCUGUCUGCCUUGAAGGCUGUCCAAAGCCUCCUAUUAGCCCAAGAAAAGAAGGGCAGUUCCAGUCUGCUCCUGACCACAGUGGUGGGCCUGUUUACCUCCCCUGACCUGCGGCUACAGCUGUCAUUUGUGCAGGGCUUGUCUCCCUUUGCCAAUGCUGUCUAUUCCCGCUCUCUGAAUCUGGCCACAGACCCAGAACUUGCUGCAAAAAAAAUCGACAUGUUCGUUGGGGCUGUCACGGGAUGGACAAAGAAAACUCGGCUGACUGGGAUUGGCUUAGACACCACACUGCUCUUCACUACCUACACACACUUCCAAGGAGCAAUAAAGGGAAUCUCUCUGUUGGCAGAGCCUCAGGUAUUCUGGAUAAACAACACCACCAGCAUAUUCGUGCCAAUGCUUUCAGGGACAGGUAUAUUCCAGUAUGGAAAUGACAUCAGCAACAAUUUCUCUGUCAUUCAAAUACCAUUUAAUGAGAAUGCCUUCAUCUUACUGAUUAAGCCUCAAGAUGCUGAUCUAGAAAAAAUCGAAGAUUUUAUUUUGAGUCAGGACUUUUCAAGUUGGAAAAAACAUUUGUCCCCCAGGAAGAUCCAUUUGACCCUGCCAAAGCUGGUACAAGAGAGCACCUAUGACCUGCAGAAACUGCUUACUUACACCAAACUGCCUAAACUGCUUGGAGAAGAGGCAAAGCUGAGCAAAAUAAGUAGUGCAAACCUCAAAGUUGGAAAGGUGAUGAAUACAGUUCUUUUUGAACUGAAAGAGAGUCAGGAAGAACAAGAAAAGCAGAGUCAAGGCGUUUCCUUGGAAGUGAAGCUGGAUAGUCCAUUCUUUUUUGCUAUCUACGAGAAAGUAUCAAAAGCCUACCUUUUCUUAAGUCGUGUGACAAACCCACUGACUGGUGUUUGAGAUCCCAUGAUUGCACACAUCCCCAUAACAGAAGUCAAAUUAGAGGAUAAUCCUAAACGUCCAUAAGAUUGAAAACUGUUAUUCCCCUGCUGACUUCAAGGCUCUGUCAAACUAUUGCCAGUAACUCAGAACAGCAGCAGAUGGCAUAAACACUAAAUUGUCACCAAUUUCCACUUUUUCUUCUAAUUAUUCAACUGUGAGCUAGUGGGAAGACCUUUUUCCUUAGUAAAUAGGAUAAUUAGUAGCUUGAACUUGUGAUGGCAUAAAUAAGCUUCAACAAGAUUCCUUUUUAAGAUCCAGUAUGUUCCAUAUUGCUGCUGCUUUUAGCAAGAUUUUGAGAAUUGUAUUUGGAAAUUGAAAAGAUUCAUUUUUAGAGAAGACAAUUUUGGUCUUAAAAUUAAAAUAUUGCUUGCUGCCUAUAUCCAGACCCCUUCUAUUUCACAUUUAUGAAAGUUAUUAAAAUGUAGUUGGAAAAAAAGGCUCUUUAUUUUAACAACAAAAAAAAGUUGGGAUAAGUAUGUGUGCUAGAAAACCAGGAGAAAAUCCAUAAAUUCCUUCAUGCAUGCAAACACAACGCCAUUAGUGAUUUUAUUUUAUGCUACUAAUGAAUAAGUUUUGCUUUAUUUAAAAAAAAAAAAACUUCACCUUUCACUUAGUAGCAGCCUACACAAAUAAUAGGCUAGCAGGGUGUUAUGUUACAUAUGUAUAUAUAAAUAAAGGUGCUCUAACAUAUUUUGUAUGGAAUAUCUGUCUCUGGUAUCUAAUCAGUCUCUAGGAACUGUUUUCAGCAAUGUAUGAGUCAAGUCACCUCCCAUAUUUAAGAAUAAUGGCUGACACAAAGCUGAGUUUCUUUCUGUGGGAAAAAUCUUACUUCAUACUGUACCUGAAAAUUGAAAAUGGAAUGUGAUUUCAAGAGUCCUGAUGAAACAGGAUCUGUUUAUUUUGCAGUAAGGUGUCAGAAGAAUCAACAUUUAAAGACUGUUGCUUGUAUUUUAUAUGGGAGAUAUUAUCAAUAUGUAGCACAAGUCACAAAUAAAUAUUCACAAGUUGCUUUCUA